GUGGUAUCGCUCUCUCAGUCUGUGUCAGAGACUGCUGUCGGGCUGCUGCUGAAAGUGAACUCCUAAAGCCGUUUAAAGGAGUCAGUAAAUCUAAGCGGCACUGAGAGCGCGGAGAAACCAUCCAGCAUCGCAGAGUCCUGAGCGGGGACAGUCUGAAAACUUAAAUCUGCUCAUGUUUGAUUUAAUUGAUUAAAUUCAAAAUUGAUUCAAUCCUAUCAGAAGAAGGGAUUACCAGGUUUCCUCCUCAACAUGUUAAUUAUUGCUCUGCUCAUCACCGCCGUCUCUGCGACCAGGACCAGCGUUCCGCGCCUGAGACUGACCUACAAAGACCUGCUGACCACCAACAGAUCAUCUGUCUUCAUUGGUCAUCACGGGCAGCUCGCCCUGAGCUCCGUCUUCCUGGAUGAGUAUCGAGAUCGCCUCUUCCUGGGGGGGAAGGAUGUGCUGUACUCUCUCAUGCUGGGCCCCAUCAGCACUGAAGCCAAAGAGAUACACUGGCCUCCGUUACCAGGCAACAAAGAAGACUGCAUUCAAGCAGGGAAAGAGCAGACAGAGUGUGCCAACUUUGUGCGUCUCCUGCAGCCUUACAACCGCACUCACCUUUUGGCCUGUGGCACUGGUGCAUUCCAACCUAUGUGUGCCUUUAUCUAUGUGGGCCACAGAGGAGAGCAUGUGUUCACCAUGAAUCCCGGGAAUGUGGAGAGUGGACGAGGAAUUCCGCACGACCCCAGCUUCACAUUCGCCAGCACUUUCAGUGGAGGUGAGUUGUACACUGGACUGACAGCAGACUUCCUUGGAAGAGACGCUGUGAUCUUCAGGAGCAUGGGCGGCCGUUCCACCAUGAGAACAGAAACGGACCAGAGACUCCUCCAUGACCCCAAAUUCAUUGCGGCGCACCUCAUCCCGGACAACAGCGACAGGGACGAUGACAAAGUGUAUUUCUUCUUCACGGAGAAGGCCUCAGAGGCGGGGGACAGGGAGGGCGCCAUACACACCCGAGUCGGACGAGUGUGUGCGAAUGAUGUUGGAGGCCAAAGAGUUUUGGUCAACAAGUGGAGCACCUUCAUAAAAGUCCGCCUGGUUUGUUCGGUUCCAGGACCUCACGGCAUUGACACACACUUUAACCAGCUUGAGGAUGUUUUCCUGCUGAGGACAAAAGACGAAAGGAACCCAGACAUCUAUGCAAUCUUCAGCACCAUCAGCAACGUCUUCCAGGGCUUUGCUGUCUGUGUUUACCGCAUGGCUGACAUCAGAGAAGCUUUCAACGGACCUUUCGCUCACAAAGAGGGUCCUGAACACCAGUGGCGUGCUUAUGAAGGCAGAGUGCCUUAUCCCAGACCAGGGGUGUGUCCCAGUAAAAUCACCAACCAGCCUGGAAGAGAGUUCGGCAGCACCAAGGACUUCCCCGACUCGGUGCUGCAGUUUGCUCGCAGCCACCCGCUGAUGUGGCGCUCGGUGCAGCCGGCCCAGCGCCAGCCCGUGCUUGUGAAGACCAACAUUCCUUACAAGCUGAAACAAAUCGUGGUAGACAGGGUCGAGGCAGAGGAUGGGCAGUAUGAUGUCAUGUUCAUCGGGACAGAUGUCGGCACAGUGUUGAAGGUGAUCGCCUUGAACGUGAACAGUCUGGAAACGGAGGAGAUCACACUUGAAGAACUGCAAGUCUUUAAAUUUCCAACUCCUAUAACAUCCAUGGAUAUAUCCGUGAAAAGGCAAGCCUUGUAUGUGGGCUCUCCAUCAGGUGUGGCGCAGGUGAAGCUGCACUGCUGCGAGACCUACGGGAAAGCGUGCGCCGAGUGCUGCCUCGCCAGAGACCCUUACUGCGCGUGGGAUGGCUCAUCCUGCUCACGAUUCGUUCCCAGCAACAAGCGUCGAUACCGCAGACAAGACAUCAGGCACGGGAACCCUGUGCUGCAGUGCGUGGAUCAGAAUCUGAGCGGCCUGGACGUUACAGAGGACAGGGUGGUGUACGGGACUGAGAACAACAGCACCUUCCUUGAAUGCGUUCCUCGCUCUCCACAGGCGACUGUCACCUGGCUGAUCCAGCGUGAUGACCACAAAGAAGAAGUGAAGCAGGACGAGCGUGUGAUGACAACAGAGCGAGGCCUGCUCUUCCGUCAUGUCUUCAAGCAGGAUGAGGGUGUUUACAUCUGCCGCACCAGAGAGCACGGCUUCACGCAAAUCCUGGCACGCCUGACACUCGAAGUCCUCCAGGGAGAUCUGGUAAACGAGCUGAUGGCCCGUGACAAAGCGGGCUUCUCCGAUGGCCUCAAAGAUAGGUCUGCAGGAAGCUACAGGUCCUGGAUGCCCUGCAGCACGUACAGCAGGGGCGGCCCAGCCAGCCAGAUGGCUCAGUCGCGUACGUGGUUCAAGGACAUCAUGCAGCUCAUUGGGCCCUCAAACAUGCCACAUGUGGAGGAGUACUGCGAGAGGAUGUGGUGCAAUGACAAGCUGAAGAGGAAGCACAAGAGCAUGCUGGAGAAAUACCGCCAAGCUCAAGAGAGCGCCAGGAAAGCUCGAAGCAGGAGCUCUGGGGAACGCAAUCGGACGCCGCGAGACCUGAGGGGGAGGGAGGAGUAAAGAGAGAGGCGGUCCAGUUCAGGUGUUGCAGUGUGUCAUUCACUCAGAAGCUGCUGCUUAUUCAGAAGUCUGAGUGUCCCAGAGCCACUGACCCCCACUGUGGCCUUCAAAGACUAGUGUGACUGUCCAAACAGCAGCACUACUAACUGUACAUAGAGUGCACACAGCAGUCCUGUGUUUGUGUGGAUGAUCUGAUUAUCACAAUGUUUAAACCUGUGUUGGACUUUGGUUAAAUGGCACAUUAAAAGUAGAUCUUCCAGUUCAUUCCAGCCUUAAAGUGAAACAAAUGAUGGAAAUCAGCAACACAAAAACAAAAUCUGAACUACCAGAUUAAAGUUUUGUUAACAUCUUUUUUUUUUUUGGCCAUCAAGCUGCACUCAAACAAGGAAUCUAACAUCAGAAAAGAGAGGAGAGCAUCUUUCUCUGUGAAUAUGAUUUUUAUUUUUGUCUAAAUUCACCAGAAACAUGUUUUGUCCCCUUUUGAACUUAUUUUACAGAGCCCUUCUUUAAUCUAAAUAUUUCUGAGAAAAUUCCCAAAACUCACAUUUGCAGCACAUGUGCUCGUCUGUGGACUGACUUGCAGUCUGGUUUUCAUCUACAUUUUUGUUGGUUUUAUUUGGUAGUUUUUUUUACAAUCAAAGUCUUAUAAGAGAUGUCCUCACAAACACUCAACUAUUCAUGUUCAAAUCACAUUUUUUUUUCUAAUUGUGAGUAGAUUUAUGAACUUUUCAGUUUAUAUCCAACGAUCUAUAAUCCAAAAUUUUGAUUUUUAUAUAUUUUGGAUGAAUUUUUUUUUAAGGUAUUAAAAUAUUUCAGUUUGGCCAAGAUCCGAAAGGAUUGUAGACUCCAUCACCUGAUGAAUAAUUAACUACAAUGGAAAUAUUUCACACAAACCCAUUGAUUGGUCACCAGUAGAAGACACAAAACCAAACAUUUUAUCAUAGCCAGUGAAAAUGUGAGUUUCCCAUUCUCCAAGUGUUAUUAGAAAUAAAAUAUAUAUAGUUGAAGUGCAUAUUUGUGCUUUAGAAGUUUUUAAAGUAGCUGAAAAUGUUAAAUGUUGUUGCAUAAAAUGUAUAUUUUUCCUAAGUAUUGAUUAAAAACCUCUGUUAACAAACACAACUUCUCUACUGUGAAAUAACAUUUCACCUUUUGGAUAAACAAAAAUAUUAAGCUUUUCUUUGUUUGUCUUAAAGUUGAGUUUCUUAAGUUACCAUUUAAUCUGCAGUUCACAGAAAUCCCAUCAAGCAGUUCUUUGCUUGAGCUGCAAAAAAACCCUCAGAUGUUUAAGCUUCUUUAAAUUCCUCUGAACUUUCUCCUCAGGUGACCACAUUCUGAGCUGCAGGUAGCUGGGGUUUAAAUUCAGACCCUCAGCGCUUUCUUUAGUUUUUUUUCCGUUUGAUCCUGUUCUCUUUUUAGCUCACGUGUUUUCGUACAACAGCACAUGUGAUUAAACCGGACUAGUCGGCAUAAAGAUAAAUGUACAGAAAAAGUUCUGACUGGUGAGCAUUGCAUGUCAGAUAAGUCUCCACAGCUGGAAUCAAAAGCAUAUUUUAAAGUCAGAUUUUUUGUGUUUAAUUAAAAAAGCAGAAUAGAAAAUAACUGAUAGAAAAAGAAAUUAGAAAUAUCUACAAAAGGUACUAAAAGAUUUAACACAAUUAUAUUUCAAUUACCAGAAUUCGUUUAAAAAUUCCUUUUUUGCAAAUGUUCACAAUAUUAUUCAUUUUAACUUAAAAUGUGUGCUGUUAUGCAAUGUUAGCUUUUAGAAGUGAUGUAUGUUGAUAAACUGAUGAAUCUGAAAAUGUUCGUUUUUCUGUAUAACAGUGACUGUAACACAAAUGUGCAAAAACGUAUAUGUUCAUGUUGUUGCACAGUCGUCGUAGUUGCACAGAAUGUGUCCAGACUGACUAAAUGCAAUCAUCUUUUAGACGAUGACAGGUGAUGUAGAUCAGUGACUGUACAGAGGAAAUGACGUUUUGAUGUUGCAUGUGAUUUGACAUUUUUAGCUCCAAUCGUUUGUUGUGUUCACUGUAGUUCAUUUACUUUGCGUUAUUUUUAACAACACACUGUUUGGUUUUGCAGCACUUGUUGCCUUAAUGUCCAACAGUGGUACUUUCUAGUGUUUCUGUAAAAAUCAGCUGAUUUAUUUGAAUAUACUAUUAUUUACUGUAUGACUACGUUCUCUGAAAUUCAGAACCACUCUGUAUUAACUGGAACAAAUCCAUAAAAACACAGUCGCUGUAUUUAAAAUGACAUUUAUUUUGUGCAACUUGAUUCUAUUUGCAGUCCAGAAACCAUAAGAUCGCUUGAUAUCUUUAAUCUUUAAAAAGAAGCAGAAAAAUCUAACAAAAACAAAUAAAAAGAAGAUUUUUUGGAAAUCUUAAUGUGAAGAUAAAUAACUCAAUUAUUUUUUGUUUCGCAAAAAUGAGAUGGGAUCUCGGACAGAAAUGAAAUGUAUAUUUAUGUUUUAUUUAAGUGACUUCACGGUGCAUGUUAUGAACUUGUAUGCGAUUAAACACAUUAAAAGUUGAACUUUUCUAAAG